AUGGACCUAACCUCGUCGUACGGAACAACUCUGGAUCUCGAUGAACGUCCUGCAGACAUCCUCGAGAUACUGGCAAUGCUCGUGCCAUCGAUUGAGAUCACUAUGGCGUCUCUCUACGACUUGCAGGUAGCGCUCAAUGAAAUCAAUGGGAGGCGCUACACCAGGCGGUUUGCCGACAUCCGCACGUCGAUCAAGGCACAGUGGGAAAUUAUGAUCCAGAUUUUACGUCAGACGCAUGCAUUCGCUACCGAUGUGGCAUAUCUAAGAAGGCAUAUGAGAAAGUCUACCUUGACUGAUGUACAGGAAGCUCUCGACGACAUGUCUGCGGAAGCGGUCAAGCUCAAGGCUGCCUCAAGUUUAUUAUCUCAAGAGCACCUAGAAUCUCUUUCUUCGUACAUCGAGCACUUCAAAGUGCUCAAGCAUCAUCUACGAGCCCAGGAUUUUCUCGAGUCUUCCAGACCUUAUGAGGACCCAAACGCAAAACGCGUAGGCAAACGUGCCCUGAAGGAGCUCAACUGCGGGCUUGAGGGUAUUCAAACCGCCUUGGAUCUACAGUCCAAAUUCUGGUCGGAUCAGGUCGUUGCUUGCCAGGCGUGUCGACAGGCGCUAGUCCGAGGUUUUGAGCCGCAGGACAAAGCGUGGAUGGUGCAAUUGACGAGCGAGUGGAAGCAGUACGAAAGUGGAGUGGAGAAGGCCAUUCAUUCCAUCACCAAAGUAUCCGAUGCGCUCACAAUAAGCGCAACAAGAGCUGGUAAAAGGAACGUUCGCGGUACCUCGCACCCAGGUAACGAGCGUGGCGACGGAACGCUCUUCUCACUCGCAGCGGUAUUCUUUGUGGUGAUUCUGAUGGCGCUCCUAGGGUAUUUCCAGGGUAUAUGGUGA